GGAACGAGCGGCUCCCGGUGCGGACGCGCAGCCCCGCGCUCGACCGUGACCGAUGCAGGAGCCCCGGGGACACCCCGGCUGCCCGGCCCGGCCCGGCGCCCCCCGGGUGAUUUGGGGCAGCUGCGGGUCCUGGGUUGAGCGCUGAGUUUGUCCCCCAGCAGAGCAAACGAGGUGCCCGCACGGAGGGGGAAACGGAGGCACUCUGUGCUGGGAGCAGCAGUGACAGCAGCAGAACGAGCAACACAUGCACAUCAAGGGAAGUCAGCUGCAGACUGGAACCAGCUCUGUGACACGCAGGCACCCUGAAGUGAUCCCACAGCAGAUCACACCAUUGAUCACAUCUUUCUUUCUGUGUUCGCAGGGUUGCCUUUGAUUUGCAGAGAGGGGUGGAGGUAUUCCCUGUCUUUUUGUUCUCUUUAGAGCAGCCUUUGAAGAGGGCUGGCUGUGGCUUAUCUGUCUUGCAAGAGAGACAGAACAAAUGAAGAGCAUCUGGUGAUGAGCAGGAUGGUGGGGAGGGGACAGCAGUCGCCUUACCAGGCAGCACGGACAGUCUGUGUGGCUGUUAAUAUGAAGCUGGUUUCUGGUCCAGCUGUCAGAUGUUAGAAAGGCUUUGCUAACAACUUUCUCAGACCUACAGAAGGAGCUCAGGGCACGCACAGGGUAUAGUGCAGAGCAUGGAGUAGAUCCUAUGGAGUAGGGGUAGCAUGUGCUUCCUCGCCUGAUGAAGGAGAGGCUGUCACUCCAGGAGGGGCACUUGACUCUUAGCAGCUGCUGGGAAGAGCAUGGGAGGCCAAAGACUGCAAGCUGCUUCGUAGCCUUUAUAUCCUUUAACACUUCCUUCAUUGCAGCAGUGUUUGUAUUGAACAGGGUUUGCAGCGACUCCAAGCAGCUGGCACCCCCAAAUCUGCACCCAUACCUGGGACACCAGCAGACCCAUGCUCACAUGCCUCUUGCAGUGCUUCUGCCUCAGGCACUCACUCUGCUCGCGCUCCCAGGCCAAGCAGCACUUCUCCAGUCUCUCACCUCUCUCCCUGUGUUGCCACAGGCUCCAGCCACUUCAACCUCACCACGGCGCAGAAUGAUGGAGCACGAGGACUUCACCAGCUUGGCUGGGUACUGGAAUUCCUCUGACAGUUACCAGUUCAGCCCUGCUAGUGUCAUUGUCCCUGUGGUCUUCUCUCUCAUCUUCCUCCUGGGCACAGUGGGGAACAGCCUGGUGCUGGCUGUGCUGCUGCGCAACGGCCAAGUGAAGUACAACACCACCAACCUCUUCAUCCUCAACCUCAGCCUGGCUGACUUCUUCUUCAUUGUCUUCUGCGUCCCUUUCCAGGCCACCAUCUACUCGCUGGAUGGAUGGGUGUUCGGGUCCUUCCUGUGUAAAGCCGUCCACUUCUUCAUCUACCUCACCAUGUACGCCAGCAGCUUCACCCUGGCUACCGUCUCCGUGGACAGGUACCUGGCCAUCCGCUACCCACUGCGCUCCCGGGAGCUGCGAACUCCCUACAACGCGGUGGCUGCCAUGGCUGUGAUCUGGGGUCUCUCUGUGGUCUUUGCUGGGCCCUAUCUGAGCUACUAUGACCUGAUCGAGUGGGAGUCCAGCUACAUCUGCAUGCCUGGCUGGGAGGAGUGGAGACGCAAGGUGAUGGACACCAGCACGUUUGCUUUUGGCUAUGUCAUCCCAGUUCUGGUCAUCAGCCUCUCCUACACCAGGACCAUCAAGUACCUGUGGACAGCAGUGGAACCCUUGGAGGACAUGUCAGAGUCCAAGAAAGCCAAGCGGAAGGUAACUAAAAUGAUCAUCAUCGUAACCAUUCUUUUUUGCCUGUGCUGGCUGCCCUACCACGUAGUCAUCCUCCGAUACCUCUAUGGAGAUUUCCCUUUCAACCAGGCCACCUAUGCCUUCCGCCUGCUUUCCCACUGCAUGGCCUAUGCCAACUCCUGCCUCAACCCCAUCGUCUAUGCCCUGGUAUCCAAACACUUCCGUAAGGGCUUCAAAAAAGUUUUCAGCUGUCUCCUGAAGAAAAAAAAACGCAACAAGGUGCACGUGUUGCACGGAGCUCACACUGUGCCUGGCUUUGAGGCAGGCUCCACUGAAGUGUCCCAGGUGCACGAGGAAAAUAACAAGUGUGAGCUGAACCCAGACUCCUCUGGUUCUUCCAAGCACCGUCACCUUUCUAAGUAGCUCCACAUCAUCUGCCAGCCCAGCUGCGCCAUCUGCCUCAGAUCACUCCCUCCCAUUGAAUGAGACAGGAUGCUAGGAAAGGCAAGACAGAAACCUUGCUAUAUCCUGCUUCUGGCCUUGCUGUUCCUCUUCUUUCUGGGUACCAGUUGUCCUCCUAAGCCAUCUCCCCACAACAUCUUGUGUGCAUGGGAAAGAAUGGACCCACACUUGCUCCUGAUCCACAGCUCACCUGGAGUUCAAGGAUGAAUGCUCCAGCUCCUCUGUUGACUCCCAUCCUUCUAAGUCCUCUGCUUAGCAGCCCCACUACAAUGGACAUGUUUGUCAUCAAAUGGUCCCUUCUUUCCUCCUGUUGUCUGUUCUGGACAAAGUGUUUCUUAUGGAGUGGUAAGGGAGACAGCUUUGCCCGGCCAUUGCUCUUUGGAUGCCCCAUGGGCAGACAAGCAGCCAGCAGGCAGGGUGAGCUGGGGAGCUCAGCUAUGGUUUGUCCCAUCUGCACAGCUGAGACUUUGCAAAGGGGAUGUGGGAAGCUCUCUCACCACGGUGCAGCAGAUGUUUGUCUUCAGGGCAUGCUGAGUGCCAAACAUGCAGUCCUGGAGCUUCAGGGAGGAAAACUCUCAUCUCCUUUUCUGGGGCUGAUUAGAUGUUCGUGGAUGCCUUCCUGCCGUUACUUAAUUACUGGAGAUGGAGAAAACCUCUUUGGCUGACUGAGUUUGAUCUGAAAAACAGAUCUGAGAGAACCUGCAAAGCCAACAGACUCCCACAGCAGAGACUUGCAUCCAAGACUGGGAAUAAUUUACCACUCCCUCCUUGCUGUGCUCAGUGCAGUCCAGCCAACUCUCCCUGCUAACUCACAGGCUCUCUUGCCUUUUCAACACGUGAUUGCAGCCCUGCAGAGCUGCACAAACACAGGAGCAAUGCACACCUUCCUUCCAGUUCUAGGACUGGAUCCUGUGUGGAGCAGAACAUGACUGGGCCUCCAAACUAGUUUGCUGCAUUCUCAGCUCCCACGUGAAAAGGACACACAGAAAGGUGACCGUAAUAACACUUA